AGAAUUUGCUUAAAUUUUCUUGAAAAAGAUGAGUAUAUCCGAGGAAGGAAAACUAGAUAACGACAAGAAGGCUAAAAUUGAGUUUAGAAAUAUCGGCCAGAAAAUGCAAUCCAAUGAUCAUGACCUGCCUUUAUAGAUGAAAUUGAUGAAGCCAACCAGAAUGACGGCAGGGAGCCGACCAGUGCUAUUCCUUCUCUGCCAAGUUUUCCUAAUAAAAAUUCCAGCCUGAGGAAUCAUAACCUAAUAAAGGUGAGUUCUGUAAAUGAUUCUGAUGUUAAUGACCUGUGCGACCUUGAGGAGGAAACCAGCGAGCAGGAAGAAGCAAAGGGGGGGAAUAUGCAUUUUAAAAAUAAUUUUAAGCUCCCUUCUUCAAUUCAUUACAAAUAAAGAUGGAACUGAGAGCAGUGAACAAGAUGAAAGAGAUAAAGACGUCAGAGGGGGCCUCAGCCCAGAGGCCAAAAGAUAUCAUCCAGGUUUUGAAGUCGGUGUUGUACAAAGAAAAUCUACCAAACCUAUUAAAUAAAGAGGAUUUUGUAUUAGAUGAUGGUAGCAGAGAGAAUGAGAGUAGUUUAAAGUCUACAGAUAAAUCAAGGGAAAAUGUAGCUCAGAGCUGAUUCGAAGAAAUGAAAAUUACUCCAAAACCUAAUUAUGAACCUUUCCUUUCUGAUAGUUGCUCAAAAGAUUCAAAAUUGUAUGAUAUUGGGGAAGAAGCAAAAGAAAAUUGAAUAAAAAUGUUGAAUUAUCACAGACCAAGUCCUCCAAAACUAAAUCUUAAACUUGAAAAAGCCCUUCCCUCGUUUAUCGAACUCGACAGCCCCAUCCCAGAAGAACUCCAAGUCGGCUACGAAAUCGCCAAAUACGACAUCAUCGGAAUGAUUCCUGAGCCAAAAGUCGCUAAGCCUCAAGACUACAAAGAAACCUUCUGAAAGUUCCAAGCGCUCGCCUGCUUCUGACACAACAGACAGGCCAUUUUCAGACGGAUCAACGACAGGCUCGAAGAAAAAGUGGACAUUGCCUUGUUCCCGAUCAUUCUCGAGAAAGCGCUGGGCACGCCUCCGGACCUCGAAGAAAAGAAGCGGUAUUACAUCAGCAUCAGCGGCAAAAAGCGGAAUAAGUUCUACCACCACAAGCUGGUGGACUACUUCAGGAUCCACAAGAAGAGCAUCUUGCUGGGCUACGUCGAAGUCGAGACCCACACCAGCCGCUUCGUCAUCGGAGACGGCUAGCUCCUU